AUGUACCAUUCUGCUCGACUUUUGUUGCAGCUUGACUACACGGAUCUGUCGGUCGGCACCGUGACCCAGACUCAGGCCAUCCCGUUCACCGGACCCAUCUCCCUGCUGGUCAGCCAGCUGAGGAACCUGGCAGGUGACGUGCAGCAGGUGGAGGGGGCAGAGAAAAUCACCGUGAGGAUCUUUGACAGCGUCACUCUGGUUCAUGAAGCCGGCAUGGUGAUGCUGGAGUGGCUCGCCAACCCGCUCAACGACAUGUACGCCGACGCCAUCACCACCGUGGUCCUGGAGGUCCAGUCCAACCCGAACGCUCAGAAGUUUCUGGAGGGCCGGAAGGAGGCCUUCGACAUGGAGGUGUUCCUGGAUCGCCUGGAGCUCAUGCUGCACGACAUGUUCGGAGACGACUGCGUACAUUUCAAAGACAGCACAAACUUGUGUGUGACGGUGGGCGGAGCUACAGCGACAGUUGACCCCGAGAAGAGAGAAGUCACGUGUCCAGAAGACGAGACUUUACGAGAGAUGCUCGAAGUCUCCGUCCAGCGGCUCUACGACGCCCUCACGCCCAGCUUCUGACCGCGCCGGCUUCACCAGGAAGUUCAGCUGUUUUUCUUUACAACUAAAUGUCAAAACUUUGAUUUUUAUAAAAUUAAAUAAAUGUUUGAUUAAAA